UCUUCCAGCAGGCAGGCAGUAGCCCCCACCUCCUGAAGCCACCUACAGGCAGAGGCCCCAGAUAUCUCACACCCAGGCACCAGGCCACAGAACCAUGAGCCAGGACAGCAAAGUAAAGACGACAGAGUCCAACCCCCCAGCCCCUGCCAAGGCCAGGAAGUCGCUGCCCAUCCUGGACCCAUCUGGGGAUUACUACUACUGGUGGCUGAACACGAUGGUCUUCCCAGUAAUGUAUAACCUCAUCAUCAUUGUGUGCAGAGCCUGCUUCCCCGACUUGCAACACAGUUAUCUGGUGGCCUGGUUAGUGCUGGACUACAUGAGUGACCUACUGUACUUACUGGACAUAGUGGUGCACUUCCACACAGGAUUCUUGGAGCAGGGCAUUCUGGUGGUGGACAAGGGUAGGAUCUCAAGUCGUUAUGUGAGCACCUGGAGCUUCUUCUUGGACCUGGCUUCCCUGAUGCCCACCGACGUGGCCUAUGUGCAGCUGGGCCUGCACACACCCACACUGAGGCUGAACCGCUUUCUGCGUGUGCCCCGCCUCUUUGAGGCGUUUGACCGCACAGAGACCCGCACAGCUUAUCCAAACGCCUUUCGCAUUGCCAAGCUGAUGCUUUACAUUUUUGUCGUUAUCCACUGGAACAGUUGCCUAUACUUUGCCCUGUCCCGGUACCUGGGCUUUGGGCGUGACGCCUGGGUGUACCCGGACCCGGCGCAGCCUGGCUUUGAGCGCCUGCGGCGCCAGUACCUCUACAGCUUCUACUUCUCCACGCUGAUCCUGACCACCGUGGGCGACACGCCGCUGCCGGCACAGGAGGAGGAGUACCUGUUCAUGGUGGGCGACUUCCUGCUGGCCGUCAUGGGCUUCGCCACCAUCAUGGGCAGCAUGAGCUCCGUCAUCUACAACAUGAACACUGCAGACGCAGCCUUCUACCCGGACCACGCGCUGGUGAAGAGGUACAUGAAGCUGCAGCACGUCAACCGCCGGCUGGAGCGGCGCGUUAUUGACUGGUACCAGCACCUACAGAUCAACAAGAAGAUGACCAAUGAGGUAGCCAUCCUACAGCACUUGCCUGAGCGGUUGCGGGCAGAAGUGGCUGUGUCUGUACACCUGUCUACUCUGAGCCGGGUGCAGAUCUUCCAGAACUGUGAGGCCAGCCUGCUGGAGGAGCUGGUGCUGAAGCUGCAGCCCCAGACCUACUCACCAGGCGAAUAUGUCUGCCGCAAGGGUGACAUUGGCCGAGAGAUGUACAUCAUCCGUGAGGGUCAGCUGGCAGUGGUGGCUGAUGAUGGUGUCACACAGUAUGCCGUGCUUGGGGCAGGGCUCUACUUUGGGGAGAUCAGCAUCAUCAACAUCAAAGGAAACAUGUCCGGGAACCGCCGCACAGCCAACAUCAAGAGUCUAGGUUACUCAGACCUGUUUUGCCUGAGCAAGGAGGACCUGCGGGAAGUGCUGAGCGAGUACCCACAGGCCCAGACGGUCAUGGAAGAAAAGGGCCGUGAGAUCCUGCUCAAAAUGAACAAGUUGGAUGUAAAUGCUGAGGCAGCUGAGAUAGCCCUCCAGGAGGCCACGGAGUCCCGGCUACAAGGUCUGGACAAUCAACUCGAUGAUCUGCAGACCAAGUUCGCCCGCCUCUUGGCUGAGCUGGAGUCCAGCGCACUUAAGAUCGCUUAUCGCAUCGAACGGCUAGAGUGGCAGACACGAGAGUGGCCAAUGCCUGAGGAACUGGCUGAGGCUGACGAUGAGGACGAGCCUGGGGAGGGAACUUCCAAGGGAAGGCAGGGCUGACCAGGAGGGACUUCCAGGCCCAGAGUGACCCCAUUCCUAUCUCUGGGACUCCCACCCCCAAGUGAAUCCAGAGUUGUAGGAAAUCCUACCUGCAGAAACUCUGCCAUCUUAUCCACUAGAUAGCAGUGAUAGAGUGAAUUGGGUCUAUAGAUGCCCAUCUAGAAAUGUAAGAGUACAGCACAUAUUCAUCCCCAUUCACCAGCACAGACACAUACACAGUUGCACAUACACAUACUGAUCCCAAGACUGUGUGCUCUAUAUAAAAUGCUCUGGAGUUCCCAUUCUCAGAUCACACAUGCUUUCUCCCAUAGGUAUGUUCUAUAGGCACAUAAUAUACACAUUCAGUCAUGUACCUGAUAAACACACACAUAAUGACAGUCACACACCAACAGACACACAGAGGUGAACACACAAAAACACACCCAGGGCCCUCUUGUUCUAAGAUGUCCUUUAAGUGCCCCUUAAAUGGGAGGUUCACGAGUGUACCCUGCAAGUUGCACUUCAAUAAAGUAUUUGCCUCCUCACUAAGCAUUUAUGGGGCUGAUGGGAAAAGGCAAAGCCAAUGUCUAAAUUCUGAGUCAGGGGCAAGGGGCAUGGGCUGUGUAGUAGCUGGUAGGUUGGACUCAAAGAGGCUGGGGUACUGACUGAGUUGAGAAUCAAUACUAAGCCAAGGUGAAGCAGGUUUAUGCAUUACACUGCUGUAAGUGUGCACAAUUCUUCAAAGAUUCAUAUAUUCACAUACACACACUGACCACUGCAUCUCAUACCAGCAUAUGUACCCUUGACUUUGUGAUCUCUGAGGUCUCUGAUCUUAAUGGGCCAGGGAAGAUACCUCUGCUCAUUUUCCCUCCCUCUGGCCCAGCCCUGGAGCCUGGAGCAGGGCAAUAUUGUGUUCAGGACUGAUUCCAAGGGGAGACUAGUUCCCAGGACCACUCACCUGGCUCUGUCCUACUAUGCCAGUCAUUGGUGCUGGCCUUGGUGCUGCCAGAAAGCCAGCCCCCCUUUCUCUGUACAGUAUUCCAAAAGAAAGGGUAGAGAAUAGACACUAGGAGGUGUGGAAUGUCAUGGCUGAAGAUAACUGGAGAUGAGUGUUUGGAGAGACUUGGAGUAAUUUGGCAUACUUAGAAGGAAGUCUGCAGCUUUAGGACAGAGAAGGUGUUCUGGGGUCUAUAGGGAGGAGUCUGAUGUCAUUUCUGAAUCAUAUUCACCUUGGUCACAACUUUACCUCCUCCCGAGCCUGACCAGACUUUGGGCCUGAGCUGUGCCAGGUGGUGUUUUAAAAUGUAUCUCAGAUUUAAUUUGUCAGUAUGACUGAGUGACAACACAGAGAGGUCAA